AUGGCGAAAUUAGAGCGGGGGGUGAGGGUGAAGCAACCUUUAAACGUGGUGACGACAAUAUCGCAAGCCUCAGGUGUGUCACAGCCUCAGCUGACAGUCAGCUAUCCGACUCCCAGGAACUCACAGAAUCAACCCAAGCAACGAGUAUUCACUGGUACUGUCACAAAGCUACAUGAUAACUUUGGAUUUGUUGAUGAAGAUGUUUUCUUUCAGUUAAGUUGUGUCAAAGGUCAGCCUCCUAAAGCUGGGGACCGUGUCUUAGUGGAAGCUACGUACAAUGCUAAUAUGCCGUUUAAAUGGAAUGCUACAAGAAUACAAGUAUUACCAAAUCAGGUGGGAGAGAUGUCUCUGCUUUGCAGUACCAUGAACCAACCUUUGUUGAAACAGCCUCCUCCAAAUAUGAUGGCUGCUAAUCAUGGAAAUACUGCAGUGAUGAACAAGUCACUGGUCAUGUCAUCGCCUAUCAUGUCGCCAUCGGUGAUUUCAUCAGCUAUGACCUCGCCCAUGUCUCAACCAUCUAUACCAUCAUUAUUAUCUCAGCCACAAGUAGUACUACAACCUUCUCCAGCUGGAAGUUUGUUGCAGCCACCAUCAAGUAGACCUUCAAUUCAACCUGUGCGUAGACGAGAACCACCCGCAAUGCCACGGAGAGAUGAGCGAAGAGACCGUGACAGAGAAAGAGAGCGUGAGAGGGAAAGGGAGCGUGAUAGAGAACGUGAACGAGAGAGAGAGCGUGAAAGGGAACGUGAACUCAGACAUCGUGAACGUUCUCCUGUCAGGAAGCGUUCUAGAUCCCCUCGUAGGCGUUCUCCUCGACCAAGACGUGUUGUUCCACGUUAUGUUGUCCAGUUUUCUAAAUUCUCCCUGGAUAUACCUCAGGCGAAUGUAACUGAACUACGUAGACGAUACAACAACAUGUACAUACCAAGUGAUUUUUUUAAUGCGAACUUCAACUGGAUGAACGCCUUUUCAAUACAUCGCCCACUAGCGUUAGAUAAUCCAUGUAGCUUUCACAUUAUGCAUAAAGAUGUGGAACCAUUGAAUAAGACAGAAGUUCUCUUAGAGCCUGCUGAUGCUGAUCACUUAUACAGUGCCAAGGUCAUGUUGAUGGCUUCACCUCCGCUGCAAGAACUGUAUCAACGUUCAUGUGCAUUAGCUGAAGACCCACAAGAGUUAAAAGACAACUUUCAGCAUCCUACUCGACUGAUUCAAUUCUUGGUCGGUAUGAAGGGUAAAAACGAAGCCAUCGCCAUUGGCGGGCCGUGGUCUCCUUCUAUCGAUGGGGAAAACCCCGAAAGUGACGACCGUGUCCUCAUAAAUACUGCUAUACGAACGUGUAGGUCAUUAACUGGUAUUGAUCUUAGUUCCUGUACCCAUUGGUGGCGGUUUGCUGAAGUGCGUUACCACAGAGCUGAGGAGAUCUACAAAGGCCGCUUGGUGCCCGCUCGAGUGGAAACCGUAGUAAUUUUCCUGCCGGACGUCUGGCAUUGUUUACCUACUCGUUUAGAAUGGGAAGGCUUGAGUGCCGACUAUAAAAAACAGCUGGUAGACAAGAUAGCAGAGAAGCAUGAGGACGUUGCAGAGCAAUUACAGGAAGCUGGCACAGAUGCUGUUGAAGAUGAUGAUGAUUUUGAAAAUCCUACUCACCAUAAGUUGUUGGAUCCGCGUAAUAUGAAGGUUGGUGAUCUUAGAAAAGAACUAGAAGCAAGGGGCAUCAACUCCAAAGGAUUGAAAUCACAACUGAUAGCAAGACUCACCAAGGCUUUAAAAACGGAAGCAGAGUCUGAAGAGCAAGAAGACAUUGCUGAUGAAGACCCUGAAGAAUUUGUUGAGGCGAAAACAGAAGUUGAAGAAAUUGAAAUGAAUUCAGAAGAUAAAAAGGAGGAGGAAGAAAAGAGGAAACAAGAGGAAAAGGAUCGAUUGAUCAAAGAGAAACGGCAUACAUUACCGGAGGAUCCCGCUAUUAUAGUGCAUCCAUCAACUACGGCUAAAGGUGGUAAAUUUGAUUGCUCUGUGGUGUCUUUAAGUGUCUUAUUAGACUACAGAAUGGAAGACAAUAAGGAGCAUUCCUUUGAGGUGUCUUUAUUUGCUGAGUUAUUUAAUGAGAUGCUACAGAGAGAUUUUGGUUUUAAUAUAUACAAGUCAUUGUUGAAAAUACCUGAAAAGAAAAAUGAUAAAGAAAACAAGGAUAGAAAGGAGAGAAGUAAAGACAAAGAGAAAAACAAGGAUAAAAGUAAAGAUGACGAUGAACCACGGUUAAAGAAAAGAAAAACAGAUGAGGAUGAUACAAAGGAGGAUAAAGACCAUAAAAAGGACGAAGAAGAAGAGGAUUAUUGUGAGGAAGAAGAUGAAGAGGAAGGAGGGGAUGAAGAGUCUGACGUUAAAGAUGAAAAGAAAAAGGAAGAUAAAAGACAGGAUAGCCGUAGACGCUCGCAUCACAGUACAGGAGAGUCCAGUCACAAGGAACGAAGUCGAAGUGGUAGCCCAGAAAGGGACAUUACCCAUGAUCCUCGUCUAUUAUUAUCGUUUGUGUAUUUUGAUCAAAGUCACUGUGGUUAUCUUCUAGACCGGGACAUAGAGGACAUUUUGCAUACUGUUGGAUUGCAUUUAUCACGAGCACAGAUAAGAAAAGUUGUGCAGAAAGUGUUAUCACCUUUGUACUAUAGAAAACUAACAGACAGAUACAGUAAAGAUAAAAAUAAAGAGGAAAUUAAAGCAGAAAUUGAUUCAUCAUCGGAUGAGGAGAUCGCUGCAGGGAAUACAUCAUUGUUACCAGCAAACAAAAGACUGGAUUCAAGAGUCGCUAUAAAUGAGAAAAUAAAAAAUGAGACUGGGUUGGUGAUGUACCAAGGCGCUGUAAUAGAUAUACCAAGUCUUCUACAGAGACUGGAAAAAAGUGACAAAGCUAGGGUAGCAUCUGAAAUCAAAGUCAAAGAACAUGAAGAUAGUAUAGAGGAAAUGAAACGUACUGCCAGUACAUCCGAAGCCGCUGCCCGGGCAAUGGGCAACGACCUUCAAGAACUCAGGAAAAAACUUAAGCAUACAGAAGAGAUUCGCGACACGUCUCUCAAAGAAAGCCGUCACUACAAACAAUGUCUAGAAUCAUCAAAGACUUCACUUCAGACGCUUCUUAACCAGGUAUCGGAUUCUCUGCAAAAAGAGGAGAAACCGCCAAAAGAGUGUAAAUCUGAGAAGUAA